AUGGCGUCUCCCGAGGAUGAAAAUCCAUUCCACGAUGACCCCGGGCAGGAGGACGAAGACGGUUCCAUCCUCUCGCCCCGGGGGCUUGAGGCCUUUAGCCGCAAGGUGACGACGACGGCGAGCCACUUGAUGGGCCCGGUGGUAGACCCUUCGUCCAGCGCCCAUUACCAGAGCGCGAUGACAGAGGUCCAGAAGCACCUGCGCCGCCCGAACCUCCAGCGCAGUAUGUUCUCGAUGGCCCGGACUACUCCUUCGGACUUGGUCCGCUCCAAAUUGUCCACCCGCGAGAUCCAACAUCGCGCCCUCGCACACGUUCCAGAUGACAUGCUUGCAAACAUACCCGACGACGACAACAACACCUACUCGCUCUUCCAGGGCUUUCAGGCCAGCUUUCCCGAGCUCACCGAUGAGGGCAAGAAACACCGGCGCCGUGUGUCGCGCGGACGCAAGCUGCUGGAGGAGGGGCCCACGACGCCCGAGAAUGGCUCGACGGGUCUUCAAAAGCUGCGCAAGGAAAGGGCAUCCAUGUCGCACGAGCUGGAAAUGCUCGGUAUACGAAAGAACAUGGCAAGCAGUGAAAUCCGCGAGAUCGACAACAAAAUUGCCAACUUGCAUGGUAUGCGGAGAAUUAUACUGGAACGCCUUGCGGCUCUCGAGCAGGAAGAGACGCUAUUGGAGCAUGACUUAAUGGAGGUUGAGGCUCGAGUCGAGGAUGCUCAGAUGCUUGCCGACGAAGCAGAGUCAAUAGCACAGCAAACCCCUACCAGAGAUACUGAUGCGGAAGCUGGAGACAACGAUGGCUUCAUGUCACAGUCGAUCUACGAAAAAAUACCAUCCGCAGCAAGCACUCCGUCAAAGUCCAGGAAAACAAGGAUCGUGCGCCGGAAAUCGAUGGCCGUUUUACACGAGCAUUUCGAGCCUGGAACCUCUAUCCGAGAGCUCCGGGCCCAUCAGGACUGCAUUACAGCCAUGGAUUUUGAUGCUCCAUUUGGCACUCUGGUGUCGGCAGCGAUGGACGACUCUGUAAAGGUUUGGGAUCUGAACGCCGGGCGCUGUAUUGGUUCACUCGAGGGGCACACUGCCUCGGUGAGAGCACUGCAGGUCGAAGACAACAUUCUGGCAACAGGAUCGCGUGAUGCUACAGUGCGUCUGUGGGAUCUUAGCAAGGCACACUACGAUCCCCAUGGUAGUCACUACAAUGGGGGCGACGAUGACGACGAUGCAAUGGCUUUUGAGAACCCUGACGACCAGCCCGUUGAUCCUCCUGCCGGUAGCAUGGCCGACUGCCCAUUGUUUACGCUGUCAUCUCAUAUGGACGAGGUUACGGCGCUGCACUUCAAAGGCGAUACGCUAGUUUCCGGUUCAUCGGACAAGACGAUACGGCAGUGGGAUCUGGUGAAGGGCAGGUGCGUGCAGACGCUCGAUGUGAUGUGGGCUGCCGCUCAAGCCUCGGUCAGCCUCGGCACCGGCGACGGGGCCUGGAGACAAACGACAAGGUCCCAGGCGGAGGAUGCAGACUUUGUCGGCGCCGUACAGGUUUUCGACGCGGCUCUGGCAUGCGGAACCGCCGACGGCAUGGUCAGGCUUUGGGAUUUGCGCAGUGGACAGGUACACCGGAACCUUGUCGGUCAUACCGGUCCUGUAACGGCCCUUCAGUUCGACAACGUGCACUUGGUAACUGGCUCCCACGACAGAAGCAUCAGGAUAUGGGACCUGCGGACGGGAUCGAUAUUCGACGCCUUUGCGUACGAGCACCCUGUCACCAGCAUGAUGUUUGAUGCGCGCAGGAUUGUGAGCGCGGCAGGCGAGGACGUGGUCAAGGUGUACGACAAGGUCGAGAGUCGGCAGUGGGACUGUGGGGCGGGUAUCAAGGCUGCCGAAGAGAUGAAGAACCCGCCUGCCAUUGUCGAGCGUGUAAGGAUAAGGGACGGCUACAUGGUUGAGGGUCGUCGCGACGGUAUUGUGGGCAUUUGGACUUGUUGA